AUGUAUCAACUACCACCGAUUGACGAGUUUAAAGCACAGUUACCAGAGGAGCAGAAAGUGGUGAUUGACCACCUCUUUGAACCCUGUGACUCUCUCAACUGGUUUAUACAAAACUUUGUCAUUGGCAAACAAUUCUCCAGCUACCCCGAGUUUAUCAAUUUGGUCCGUACCGAACUCGAGGUACUUGUCAACCGCGAUGGCUUCUUUGCCGCAAGAAAUGGAUACGAGGCCAACACUUUGAUCAAUAAUAUAAUAUCGGCGCAUCCAAGAUUGGGUGCUCCAAAGACAACGAAAUUGAGCCAACACUCAGCAGAGGAACAAAAGAAACUCGGUAGUGAAGAAAUGCAAAAGAGACUAGCUGAACUUAAUGAGAGAUAUGAGAAGACGUUUCCUGGAUUGAGGUAUGUUGUAUUUGUCAAUGGUAGAAGCCGAGAUGAAAUAAUUGUCAAUAUGGAAGAAAGGAUUAGGCGCAAUGACAUUGCGUUGGAGAGAAGCGAAGCUUUCCAAGCCAUGUGUGACAUUGCUUUAGAUAGAGCAGCCAAGUUAGAUGUCAAGUUGUAG